AUGCCAAGGAUACCGACGAGCCUUCUUCUAAAAGCUUAUCGAGAAAACCCUCUGCUACUCGACGUCCUUAAAGAAUGCCGAACGCUCGACCAGGCUCGCAACGAAUUACGGUGGCUUCGCGAGGGUGCCAUUUCGAAAUGCCGAAAUGCAGGAACAUACAGCAAACAUUGGCGACAUGAAUUGAGAAGGAUGUGUACAGAUCGCAGUAGAGGAAAGCCCCUUCAGUACAUAUUGGGUGAUCAGCCUUUCGGGGAUUUGGAGAUUCUCUGCCGGCCAGGAGUUCUUAUACCUCGUGGCGAGACGGAAUCAUAUACGUCACAUGCCAGCGACAUUAUACUAAAGAAACGCCGGGCCAACAAGUUCGGGGCGUCUUUACGUAUCUUGGAUCUGUGCAGUGGAAGUGGGUGCAUUUCACUGCUGUUGCAUUCGCUUCUAGCGUCUCAUAUUGAUAAUCUCACGGUCCUCGGUGUUGAUGUGAGCCCGCAAGCCAUCAACCUGGGCUACAAGAAUAAAGCACACAACUUACGACGUGGUCUUCUAUCCCCUCGAGCGGAAAAAGAGGUUUCCUUUCUACUAGCUGAUAUCCUUGAUCACCCCGGGUCUGAUAUACCCUCAUUGAUGGAUAUCCUGCAGACUCAUCCUGACAGCGCUGGCGGCAAAAGCACUUGGGACGUGCUCAUAUCCAACCCACCAUACAUAUCCCCAUUGAAUCUCGUCAACGGGACAACAUCUCGAAGUGUGCGUAGAUUCGAGCCAGUAGGAGCUCUUGUGCCUCCCGUGGUUGAUCCUUCGAUUUGGCAGGCACUAGGUCUUGAGACAAUAGUGCCAGAAGAUAUUUUUUAUGCCAAGUUAUUGUCUCUUGCGCGUCAGCUGGAUGUGAAACUUGCCGUACUAGAAUGCGGAGACUUGCAACAGGCCCAGCGUGUCGUGGAUAUGGCCCACGAACUACCCGGGAUAGCCGGUGAUGAAAAAGAGGAAUACGCGUACAUCUGGGACGACUGUUACACUACGACUGAUCAGGAUAGCGGUGCUAGAGCAGUCAUACUUGAGAGGGGGACAUGA